ACUUCAUGGAACUUCAUACAUGAAGUCUCUGUUGUAUACCCCUUGGUGGAAAUACGACGUUUUCUCUGAUCUCCUCGUGAAAUACAUGCAUUCAUAGAAAUUCUAAAAGACUUCAUGAGACUUCAUAAGACUUCGCAGGACUUCAUAAGACUUCUAGAGACUUCUAAAGACUUUAAAGAUUUCAUGCAUGAAGUCUCUGUUGUAUACCCCUUGAGUAAAACUAACAAGAAUUUAAUGAAAAUAUUUAAAAUAAUAACGAAUGAAUCAGGAGGAUCUCAAUAGGAAGUAGAGACUUGUUCUCGAGGUUAAAUGUGAAUGAGGGUAACUCAGUGUGAGUGUAUUGUUUCUCUCCAUUCACGUGUACACUCACAUUAACAUCAAAAUUUGCAAAAAAAUGUUUCUGCGAGCAACUGUCCUAAUUCCAUAGUACCUCAGUUUUAGUCUUAUAAGAAGUUUUUAGAGAAUCUAUUUAUGAUGAGAUAUUUUGAUGAUUUUAAAUAUUAUUAAAUAAUUUGUUUAUUUAGAAAAGUGUUGAUUCCAAAUCAAAAAAUGUCGAAUCAGAUAAAAGUAAAGAUUUAUCUUCAAUAAAUAAUGAUAUAUCCGGUAAAAAUGCGAAUAAAUUUUUAGAAGUCAAUCAUGUAUCAUCUCCACCUGAAUCUGUAUUUAUUCAUUUAAGUCCAAGUCGAUCACGUUAUUCGUUUCGUGAUGAAUUAUAA